AUGCAGGUUAUCAAAGAGGGUAUCUUAAAGGUUAUUUCUAUUGGAUUAGAACCUGAAGACUUUUUUGAAGCAAAAUAUCAAAAGAUUGUAUAUUCUGUUGGUGGGUUUUAUAAUAUGGUUAAAAACCAAGCAUUUGAAUUAAAUUCUAAAGGUAAUGAAAGAGUCACAGGAUAUACUAACCUUCUUAUUGUAGGUGUUUGUAUUUUUUCAUUAAUAAUAUUAUCAUAUAAGAAGGCACGUGGAGUUUAUCAAUCAAUGAAUAAAUUUUGGAUGAUUAUUUUUAAUUUUGCUUUAUCUGUAGGGGCGUUUUUCGGUUUUAUUGUUCAUGCAUUAGCUAUUCCUUCAGAUAUUCUUGAAGGGCUUUGGUAUUGCCUUUACAUAUUUUUAAUUAUAGCUUUGAUGUUAAGAUUUUUCCAAGUAUUUUGGGAAUGUAGUGUAACUGUAUUUAUGUUAAUGUUACCAGAGUUAAUAGUUUUUGGCUAUUUUGAUAUUAUUGCUUGUUGGUAUUAUGACAAAUUCCUUUUUAUUGGAGUUUAUGUUCUCUUUUUCGGAUUGUCUAUGGGAUUCAUACAUUUAAUUCAUACCUGUACUCGUAGUAGUAAAUAUAUUCUUUAUUCUUUUAGUGACUUAAUUGGACUUAUAUCUGUUAUUGUUCAAAUAACUUCUAUUAGAUAUGGAAAUUGGGAUAAAAAUGGGUUUUUCCAUCUUGGAGUUUCACUUUAUGUAUUAGUGAAUACAAUUUCAUUUAGUACAAUCUCUUUGUCAUCUUCAAAAAAAAGAAAAAUGAAAUUUGAUUGA